AUGAAUCCACACAAAACAGCGGCAAUGGUCAAUGAAGCAAAUAUGACAACAAGUGACCUUCAAACUGUCGGUCGUUACCUGUACGACCACCUCGGCAUCAGUGUGUUUGCAACCGAGAAAGACGUAAAAGCAAUCACCGACCAUUACGUUAGAGCUACCCAUGGAAUCGCAACCGUAGCAAACGAGCAGAUACCAUAUUGGUAUCCUGCUAUCAAAAUCAUUCUCUUCAAGGAUGACGGCAAAGUGGUGAGAUCGGUGGUUGAAAAGGUUGGGCUGGUAAAAGCCAAUAAGGAUAGUUACGACAUCUUGAAAAAUACCAUCAUUGGACCACUGAAUGAGUCGUUAGAGAGAUUGAAGAAUUCUGCCCUCAUGAUUCCAGCACAGCAUCCUGUCACUGAUGACAUCACUGGUGAGAAAUCGGAGGUAACUUUCGUUCCUCUUGAACAAAUGAUAGACCACAAUGAGCCAACCUUUCAGAUUAUGCUGUUACAAACUGGAGACUUGGCAUUUGUCAACACAAUUCUUGGAAAGGAAGGCAUGUCACCCCAUCAUUGCUAUCUCUGUGACUGCCCAAAGAAAGACUUUCAACAUUUUGAACAUGACAAAGGCAGUAGAAUGACACUUGCAAUUGUGGCUGGGCUUAGGGAAGACGUUGCUUCCGGAAAGGUUAGACAAAAGGAUAUUGCGGCAAACCGGAAGGGGUGCAAAAGACCUCCGCUAUUCACGGUAUUUGAGCCAUGGGAGAUUAUCAUACCAUGUCUUCACGUCAUGAUUGGACUGUUCAAUGAUGGUUUUAAGUCCUUCAUGAACUAUGUUGACGUAAGGCAUGAGCAAGACAUUCCUGAGUCAGAGAAAGUGGCUAGAGCAGAAUAUUAUGAUGCACUGACUGAACUCAAAAUACGAGAACAAGAGCUCGCGUCAUUCAAAGUCGACAGCGAUUUGCCUCUUUUGCAGCUGGAGAUCCAGACUGAAAGCUACACUGAAAUGAAGGCAAAACAAGUUGGGAACACAGGCCAAUUUCUCAACCCCAAAGACCAAAGGCCAUUGUUUGGACACUGGAUAAAACGAUCGAAGGAGGAUCAAGCCAGUAUCUUGAAGAACAUCAAAGAGCUAGACAAGGGCUGUGCUGCACAAAAGACAGCUACCAAAGCAAAACAAACCGCUCUAAAGCAGGAGGAAGACAAGAGAAAAAUAUCCACACAAAAGAUCCGUAAAUUUAUUGAUCAAGUUCUGAAAAAGCACGGUGUUGAUCGUGGGCAUAGCCAUGGUGGCGAUUUCAAUGGCGUUGCAUGUCUUAUGUUUGAGGAUCGUGUUGAAGAAAUCUUUGAUGAAAUCAAGAAAGUGCUUCUAGUGGAAGGUAAUGGACACGCAGCAGAAAUCAAAGAGGUUUAUGAAUCCUACAAGCUUCACUUUUGUCUUCUUUCUCACAUGUUUUCUCUGGUCCAAACCCAAAAAUGGAUACCCAAUGAUCCCAAAAUGAAGGCCUCCAUCUUGCUAAAAAUGAAGGAGGUAAUUCCUUUGGUAGACAGAUCAACAGAACGAUUAGGAAUUUCUAUGGCGAAGCCAAAACGUCAUGUGUUCAGUGAUCACAGAUUGGGUGGAGAGAUUACAUCAAGACUACAAGAGAUGCACUGCUCGAUGCAAGAGCACGAAUGA